AUGCCCACCGACUCCGACGACGAAGCCCUCUUCGCGGCCCUCGAAAACGAAGAAGACACCAGCUACCGCGACACCCGCAUCCAACAACUAAACGCCGAAUUCGCCUCUGCAAAGAACAACCGCAGCACCAACAACACAGCCAACACUCUCACCAGCGCCACCCUCACCCACAACGACACCUAUCCCACCCUCUCAUCCGACCAAUCCGUGCUGGACCACACAACCUCCUCAACCCGCACGCUAAUCCACUUCUACCAUCCCGACUUCACACGCUGCGUGGUAAUGGACCGCGCGCUAUCGCAGCUCGCGGGGGCACACCACGAAGUGCGCUUUGCGCGGGUCGACGUGGGGAACACGCCCUUUUUGGUGGAGAAGUUGGGGAUUCGGGUGUUGCCGUGUGUGAUUGGGUUUAAGGAUGGGGUUGCGGUUGAGCGGGUGGUUGGAUUUGAGGGGUUAGGGGAGAGGGGGUUUGAUGGCGGGGAGGGGUUUAGUGUUGGUGUUUUGGAGAGGAGGAUGGUUGGGAAGGGGGUGUUUGUUGGUGUUAGGGUUGGGGGUGAGGGGGAGGAAGAAGAGGAGGAGAGUGGGAGUGAGGAUGAGAGGGAGAGGAGGAGGGGGAAUGGGAAUGGGAUUGGGGGGAGGAAGGGGAGGAGUAUUCGGAGUGGGAAGAUUAGGAGGGAUGAGGAGGAUGAUGAUGAUGAUUGGGAUUGA